AUGGAUGCGAAUCCGAUGAUGGAGCCGACCCGAGAACUAUCGAUCGUUGGUGGGACUGGUGACUUUCGCAUGACUCGUGGGAUUGCUACGUUCACGACUGAUCUCAUUCAAGGCAAUCAGUAUUUCCGUCUCCAAAUGGAUAUUAAACUCUAUGAAUGUUACUAG